AUGGCGUCUAAAUGCAUGAACUGUACCCGGCUCAGCGACAUGAGUGAGCGGCUGACCACGCUGGAGGCCAAGGUUCUCCUGCUGGAAGCGGCAGAGCGGCCCUUGGGCCCAGACAAUGACCUGCCGACCCCGCAGAGCACCCCACCGCCCUGGAACGAGGAUUUCCUCCCUGACGCCAUCCCUCUUGCCCACCCCGGGCCCCAGAGGAGAAGACCCACGGGCCCAGCCGGACCCCCAGGACAGACUGGACCACCAGGACCUGCAGGCCCCCCAGGCUCCAAAGGUGACCGGGGCCAGGCAGGAGAGAAGGGCCCAGCAGGGCCUCCUGGCCUCUUGGGGCCGCCAGGGCCCCGCGGGCUUCCUGGAGAGAUGGGGCACCCUGGGCCCCCCGGGCCCCCCGGUCCAGCAGGCAGCCCAGGCCUCCCUCCAAACGGCCCCCAAGGAGUCCUCUACUCCCUGCAGCCGCCCACGGACAAGGACAAUGGAGACUCGCAGCUGGCUUCUGCCGCCGUGGACACGGUGCUGGCGGGGGUCCCAGGGCCCCGUGGCCCCCCUGGCCCUCCAGGUCCCCCUGGACCACAUGGUCCCCCUGGACCCCCAGGUGCACCUGGAUCCCAGGGCCUGGCUGGAGAGCGGGGCGUGACGGGGCCAUCUGGGGAGCCUGGCGGGAAGGGGGAAGAGGAGGAGAAAGCUGCUGCCGAGGGCGAGGGGGUGCAGCAGCUGCGGGAGGCCCUGAAGAUUCUGGCAGAGAGAGUCCUCAUCCUGGAGCACAUGAUUGGGAUCCAUGACCCCCUGGCUUCCCCCGAGGGGGGCUCCGGCCAGGACGCCGCCCUGAGGGCCAACCUCAAGAUGAAGCGUGGUGGCCCCCCACCCGAUGGCUCCCUGGCCGCCCUGCUCGGCCCCGACCCUGGGCAGAGGAGCGCUGGCCGGGCCCAUGGCAGGAAGUAAGAGGCCAGCUCUCCAGGACCAGCCCCGACUCAGCUGGAGACCCAGCCCCAAGGCCUGCGCUGCUGCUGGCCCCUGAAGACACCCCAAAUGGGACUGGACGAUCGUGAGGGACACUGGGUCCCGGGGCCUGGAGGCUUUAGGGACAGGUGGCAACUAUGGGGGCAGGUGCCAGAGGGGCCCAGCACCCUUAGCAGAGCCCUGCCCUGGUCCCUGCCCUCCCCACCCCUACUCCCUGCUGGAGACAGGGCCUGGCGGGCUGGGCGGGCGUGAGCAAAGUCAUAAUACUCAUCAUUUACUGAGUCCCUGCAUCAGCUGGGCCUGUCCGAGGACCUGCCCUACAUUGUCUCAUUUAACCCUUAGGAGGUAGGCUUGUUACUCCCAGUUUACAUGGGGGACAGAGGCUUGGAGAGGAUAAAUAACCUGCCCAAGGCCACUGGACCAUGGCGGGCUGGGGCAGGAUUUGAACCCAGGCCAACCAGUGUUCUCCUUCUCCCUCUUCACGGGGAAACUCAGACAAGGUUGGCGUUGGGCCAGGUGACUCCUGAGGCUCCAGCCGGGAAGGAGGGCAGGGCCCUGCCCAGUACGAGACCCCGGGGGCCCUGGGCCUCCUUCCUCGACUCCCCUCCCUGGGCCGGGGUUCUGCUCUGCAGGCUGGGGGCGGCCCAGCCCAUACCUGCUCUCAGAGACCAGGGAGACCUUGAAUGAAUCCACGAUAGUCACGUGGACUUGGAGACAAUGAGAGAGGAGCACUGGGGGGCGUGGCCCACCGCUGCAUCCCAAUCACUCUGACCCCACCCACCCCACCAGGGCCCACCGGCCCUGAGCUGGGAGAAGCAGGUAUUUAAUGGGACUUUCAGCCCCGCCCUCUCCUGGCUCUGGGAAUCUGCAGGGUUGGCCACUUCUGCGUUACAUGGCAAGUCCUUGGUCCCCUUGACCCAGUAGAGGGGGGAGAGCUGCCUGAGUCCCAGGUCCCGCUCAGGAGAGACGCUUUCGGGCCUCAGGUCCCCUGUGACCCAGACUGGCCCUGGUGCUCCUCUCUCGCUGGGUCAGGACCAGGGCUCAGCGACGGCAGCAAAUCAGCCACAGGUGCUGGCACCACUCCGGUGCGUCUCCCCGCAUGGCAGGGAAGACUCGUCCCCACCGCCCUUGGUGCUGCUGGGGGGCUGUGGCCUGGUCCCUCCGGGCCCUGGUAACCUCUCCCUGCCCGCGAGGCCUUGACUGCCCCUCAUGAGGCAGGGCUGGCUGUGUAGGGGGCCAAGAUGUAGCUUCCUGCAGGCCUAUCUUCACAGAGGGGUGGCCAGAGGCGGCGGGAAGUCUGUAGCCCUCUGACAAUAAAGGUG